GCCUGACGGAGGGAGGGAGCGGGAGCGGCGGGGCGCAGCCUCCCGGGCCGCAGCGGGGAUGCGCCGCGGAUCCCGGCCAGGAGGUGGAGUUCAGCUGAGACUGACUUCUUUUUUGGCUGUCCAUAAACUGUGAAACAGAAGGAUGCAGAAGACUAUCCCCUGCAUUUUUGCCCAUGAGCGAUAAGAGCACAAGAUCAUCAAUACAAUUCUGCUGCAAAGAUGAGUUCAGAGGAGAAGAGUAUAUCUCCAGCUCACAAAACAUCCACUCCAUCACAUAGAAGUGCCUCCUCCUCAUCAUCGUCACAGAGAGACAGGAGGCAGAGUGUUCAUAUUUUGGAGCGAAAGGCUUCUUCAGGAAGCACAGACCCUUCUUUAAGCAAGCAGUUCCUUGAAAGUGAUCAUCUCUCUCUAUCCAAGGAACCUGACAGCUGGGAAAUCAUAGAGGGUCUGAAAAUAGGCCAGACCAAUGUCCAGAAGCCAGACAAACAUGAAGGUUUCAUGCUGAAGAAGAGAAAAUGGCCAUUAAAAGGUUGGCACAAGAGGUUUUUUGUCCUGGAUAAUGGAAUGUUGAAAUAUUCAAAGUCACCAAUUGAUAUACAGAAAGGAAAGGUCCAUGGGAGCAUUGAUGUUGGUUUAUCAGUCAUGUCUAUAAAAAAAAAGGCUCGUAGGAUAGAUCUUGACACAGAAGAACAUAUCUAUCACCUAAAGGUGAAAUCACAGGAUUCGUUUGAUGCAUGGGUUUCAAAGUUGCGGCACCACCGGCUGUACCGUCAGAACGAGAUUGUAAGGUCUCCCAGGGAUGCCAGCUUCCACAUAUUCCCCUCAGCAUCUACUACAGAGUCUUCACCAGCUGCCAAUGUGUCAGAUGGAAAGGUGCAACAAAACAACUUCCCCUGGCAGCCUCCUAUACCUUGCAGUAACAGCCUUCCUGUCACCUGCACUACUGGUCAGAGUAAAGUAGCAGCCUGGUUGCAGGACUCUGAAGAGAUGGACAGAUGUGCAGAAGAUCUUGCUCAUUGUCAGUCUAACCUUGUGGAACUCAGUAAACUUCUCCAAAAUUUAGAAAUAUUACAGAGGACUCAGUCAGCACCAAAUUUCACAGACAUGCAGGCUAACUGUGUAGAUAUUUCAAAGAAAGACAAGCGGGUCACGAGACGAUGGAGAACAAAAAGUGUCAGCAAAGAUGCAAAAAUUCAACUUCAGGAAGGGCCGGCACCGAAGGGCCAGUUCAGCACAACACGACGCCGGCAGAGACUGGCAGCUGCCGUGGCUACAACAGUCCCUUUCAGUGCUACGAUGUCACCUGUUCGAUUGCAUUCAUCCAACCCCAACCUCUGUGCAGACAUUGAGUUUCAGGCUCCCCCGAGCCAUGUGGCAGACCCUCUGGAGUGCUCUACUGAGUACAUGAAGCUUCAAGAAGAAUUCUGCUUGAUGGCACAAAAAGUGCAUUCUCUUUUGAAGUCCGCGUUUAACAGCAUAGCUAUAGAGAAGGAGAAGCUUAAACAGAUUGUUUCAGAGCAGGAUCUUACAGGCCACAAUGCUCAAAUAGCUCACCUCAGACAGUCCCUCUCUCAGGCUCUCAACCAGAAUGCUGAACUAAGGAGUCGCUUGAACAGAAUACAUUCAGAAUCUGUUAUUUGUGAUCAGGUUGUCAGUGUAAAUAUUAUCCCUAGUCCUGAUGAGACAGGUGAACAAAUUCAUGUCAGUUUGCCACUGUCUCAGCAAGUUUCUAAUGAAAGCAGGCUCUCUAUGUCUGAAUCUGUUUCAGAGUUCUUUGAUGCACAGGAGGUGCUUCUAUCUGCCAGCUCGUCAGAAAACGAGGCUUCUGAUGACGAAUCUUAUAUCAGUGAUGUGAGUGACAAUAUAUCUGAGGACAACACCAGUGUUGCAGACAACAUUUCUCGGCAAAUUCUUAAUGGUGAGCUGACAGGAGGUGCGUUCAGAAAUGGACGGAGGACUUGUCUCCCAGCUCCCAGCCCUGACACCAGUAACAUCAAUCUGUGGAAUAUUUUGAGAAAUAACAUUGGCAAAGAUCUUUCCAAAGUAUCCAUGCCAGUUGAGCUAAAUGAACCUCUGAAUACCUUGCAACACCUUUGUGAAGAGCUGGAAUACAGUGAACUCUUGGACAAGGCUGCUGAAACAGAUGAUCCUUAUGAGCGCAUGGUUCUCAUAGCUGCCUUUGCAGCAUCAGGCUAUGCCUCUACGUACUUUAGAGCAGGAAGCAAGCCAUUUAACCCAGUGCUUGGUGAAACUUAUGAAUGUAUUAGAGAAGACAAAGGAUUUCGAUUUUUCUCAGAGCAGGUUAGCCACCAUCCUCCCAUUUCGGCCUGUCACUGUGAAUCGAAAAACUUUGUGUUUUGGCAAGAUAUCAGGUGGAAAAACAAAUUCUGGGGGAAAUCAAUGGAAAUUCUGCCUGUUGGAACCUUGAAUGUGACUCUUCCAAAGUAUGGAGAUUACUAUGUCUGGAACAAAGUCACAACUUGCAUACAUAAUAUUCUUAGUGGAAGGAGAUGGAUAGAGCACUAUGGAGAGAUAACUAUCAGAAACACAAAAAGCAGUGUUUGUAUUUGUAAACUCACUUUUGUCAAGGUGAACUACUGGAAUUCCAAUGUAAAUGAGGUCCAGGGCGUUGUGAUAGAUCAAGAAGGGAAGGUGGUUCACCGCCUUUUUGGAAAGUGGCACGAAGGCCUCUACUGUGGGGUUGCACCUUCAGCCAAGUGCAUAUGGAGGCCAGGCUCCAUGCCAACCAAUUAUGAGCGUUAUUAUGGCUUCACAAGGUUUGCUAUUGAGCUCAAUGAAUUAGAUCCUUUACUGAAAGAUCUUCUCCCUGCAACAGAUGCACGAUUCAGGCCAGAUCAAAGGCUUCUGGAGGAAGGAAAUAUAGAAGCAGCAGCAUCUGAGAAACAAAGAAUAGAGGAACUCCAGAGAGCUCGGAGGCGGUACAUGGAAGAAAACGGCAUUGAAUAUGUACCCAAGUUUUUUAAAAAAGUAAUUGACGCUAAUCAAAGAGAAGCCUGGGUUACCAAUGAAACCUACUGGGAACUGCGAAAGGAUCCUGGCUUUAGUAAAGUAGACAUUCCUGUACUCUGGUGAACUGAGAAUGUAGACCUAGUAAACAUAUCACUCUGAAGAAAAAAAAUAACUAUGCACAAUAUGUUUCUUAUAGCUAAGCGUGGUUUGUGGGUCUACGGAAAAACCAUAUCAUAUGCAUUUAUAUUCAUCUUUAUAAUGGACUUUUGGAAGUGCAUUAGACCAGGCCCCUGACCACUUCUGGAUCUUUCUAAUUUUGCAGCAGCCAUCAAAACUAAAAAAAAAAAAGAAAAAGAAAAAAAAGGAAACAGAAACCUUGUAAAGUUUCAUACGCUGAAAAUUCAGAAAUAAAGAAGCAGAUGAAGUAUCCAAAGUCACUCGGAAGAGGUGGUAAGCGCAAAACUGCAACCGGUGCUUUAAACAGACAUUAAGAGUAAUACAAUUUAAAGUAAAAAAAAAAAAAAAAAAAAAAAGAAAAAUAGAAAAAAGUUCCAUUUUGUUUCAACUAUUUUUGUUAAAAACUCUUGGGUCACAACACUGUCAUUUCUGGCUUCAGGUUAGUCCUUUGGUGUGAUAUGCUUGGACUGGCCUUUGUCAAAAAGAUGCUUUUCUGGAAGCUGUUCCCAUUCAUAUGCCAUUGUUCAUGCCUUAACAAAAUAUGAAGAUGUACAUUAAGUAAUUUUAAAAUAUCUAUGCUUAGGCUUGUGUGAAGGGCAGAUUUUUAAAGCUCUAGAAUUUUAUCACAAUAUAAAUACUGGAAGACCUGCAUUAUUUGAAAUCAAAAGAUAACCAAACAUCUAACUGCAUUUCAGAGGUAUGAGACUUAUUGUACAUGCUUUAGCUUUGGGAUGCUGACUGUAUAAUCAGACUGAAAAGAAACUGCUAGCUGGUUGAAUUUGAAUUUUGGUAAAUGCAUAUGAGUUGCUAGUCAGAAAGUUCAUAUUCUGAAUGACUGAUGCUGAGAUGCAGUCAUCACAUUUAGUACUGCCUGGACAUAGAUCUCUCAGUGAAUCUCAUUUUCCCCUAACUGUUUAUACAAUUAGAAAUCCCUGAAGCUUUGCAACAGUGUUAAAAGCACAGAAGGAUUUCAUGUGAAGGUCUCUCCAGAAGCUGGAUAGUACUGUAAAUGCAACUGUUUUCUGCCACACGCUCUGUUUAUUUUCCUGGCUCUGUUUUUUCCCCAUCCACUUUUCUUAUCUCAAAUUAUGUUGGAGAGUAUGGCAGAGGCUCCCAUGUGUUAUAGCUAACAACUUCUACUUGUGUUGCCAAAACAGCUCUUGUGCAAAAUAUACUUUACAUUUUUUCAUAAAAUGGUUCUAUAUUUUUUGAUUUUAAAAAAUCUCUUAUGUGUUGCUAAGCCUCAGUUAAUAUAAGUGGGAGAAGACUUGGCACUUUCUAUUUGAAAAUCUCUGAAACAAUAAACAGUAGGAGGGCAGAUCUUAAUAAAAGUGAAACCAGUAAUUUAUUAGAUAAGAGCUACAUUCCAUAUGGUAUGAUCUAGUCUUCCAUUUGUGCAUGUGUUACACAUCCCACCACUGGUGAUGGGUUAGAUUUCAUGAACAGAUUCUAUAUUCCUUUCUGCACAUACAUGACAUAUGAUUUUUCUAUUUAAGAUUCCAGUCCUGAGACCAAAAAUAAAAUUACGAGAUAGGUAUGUGAUCUGCCAGCAGAGCUGCUUGAACAGUUGUCAGUGCAUUACCACACAUCCCCAGCUCUCAGUCUGCUUCUUCCUUUUUCCAAGUCAGGUCCCCAUAUAACUGAGAUUACUUUGGUCAUUUCAGAUAAAUUUAGACCUCCCUGUUGAUGGUAUAGCAAAGUAACUAGCAGGGCAACUAGCUGCUAAUCAGUUCAAAUUUCUUCACACACUUCUGUUGUCAGAAAGAACUAUGAAAACCUACAGAAAAUAUUAAGUAGACUUUUUAUGAAUUGAGACUGCACAUGAAUUUUUAAUAAAAAUUUGGUAUAAAAAUCCCUAUGUAGAUUAAUGGGAUUUCUUCCAAAGAAAAUUUUAAGUUAUUCAAAGAAUGUUAUCUUUCUCUUUCCUAGUUGAACCUAGUCUGAUUUAUUCUUUAGUUCUGCAAUUGUUAUUAUAAGAAAAUUUAUUAUAAGAAAAUUUUCAUAUAUCAAAGUUGGUUUUUUGAAUGAUAUUUGGUUAAGGUCAUCCUGCUUGCUUUAACAAUAUUACAUUAGGAAUCAAAUUGGCACAUUGUGUGUAAAAUAGCAAUUAAUUAUUUAUGUAGUUUUCUUUAAAGCCAACUCUAUUAAACAUUUGCCCAUCCUUUGCUCCAGUCCUUGUGUGCAGUUCACCGUGAUAUGAGGAAGUAUUAUUUGUGUAUGACUGCAAGCACGUCUGAGGGACAGAACUGCAUGUCCUCAAAUCUUUAAUUUAAAUACAGAAAGAAGGUCUUUAGUUUACAGCAUUCUGGCAGUGCUCUGUGAAUGCCAUUAUUUGCAAUGCAAACUGAAACUUGGUGGACAUUAAAAAUGCUAUCACUGAAUUGUUUUUUACAAUUGUUCAUUUGACAUUCAUUGAAAGAAAAAUAACGGUAACAUUUCUAAAUUCUAGAAAAUCUGUGAAAUGCUAAAUCUUUCUAUUGAAGGCACUUUCUAACCCAAGAGGAUGUUAAAUUAGUUACUUAGUAAGUAGAAAAGACACAAAAUGAUGCAACACAAGGUAUUUGCAGUCUAUAUCAGAAAUGAAAAAGUUUAAGCAGAAGUACCAUGAAGCAGUUUCUCAUAGUGCAGAAUUCUCUGUAGUCUGUGUAAAAUCUGUUACUGCAUUUUUCCUCUAACAUUGGCAGACAUCAUGGAAUAUUUUGUGCUGUUUCUAAGGUGAAUAGAUAUGAGGGCUUCUAUCCAAAUUAUAAUUUUUAGUCAACCUGUGACAUUUCCUAGCAUUGACUGAGAGGGUAUGGUGAGUUUUGCCCAUCCCCUGCCCGUGUAGUGCAGAACUGAGUAUCCCAUGCUGCAAGGAGAGUGCACCACUGGCUGUUCUGCAGGCUGGCACUUUGUGUAAAUGCUGUCUGGUUUUUGGCAGGGCUGCUGCUCAGACAUCUCUUCCUGGCAUGCAGGAUUUUUGUGCUCCAGGAGCAGAACUUUUCAUUUCUUUUGAACCUUGUGAAGUGUUUGCUGGCCCAGUCCUCAAGUUGAGCAGUGUCCUUCUAGCUGAAGCUUUGCCAUCUGGCAUGCCAUGUCCUCCUCCUAAUUUGCUGUCAUCUGUGAACAGUUACCAUGGAUCACCGUGUCCUUGCACAGGUCACUGGUGAGAUGUUGAUUGUCAUGGCCACAGACCUGACCCCUGCAGGGCUGUCCUCACUGCUGGCUGCCAGCAGGGCAGAAACCAUUGUUCCCUUCCAGCCUGAGAUUCAAGCAGCUGUCAGCCCCACUCACUCCAUUCAUCCAGGCAAUAUUUCCUUUUGGAAGGCAUGAAAAACACUAUCCAACUCAGUAGAUUUAAUUGCUAUGUGCUUGGUAAAUGUUGAAAAUUAGUAUAUAUCAUUGACACAUAAAACUUCUAAUGCAAUUUAAGAAGUUCUUUAGCUUCAAAGACAUAUGCUUUUCUCCUGUGUUUUCUCAAAACACUUAUUUCUGUAUAAAAAUGAACAAUACUUAUGCUUUAGUUUCACAAUAAUGAGCUGUACUUUCUAUUAAUAUUUUAAAAGUGUACCUUAACUUCUUCCUUGUUCUGGUACUUUGGAUAUGAUAAGGUAAUAGUAGCUAUUUUCUUCAAAUACAAUGUCUUACAAAGAUUUAAAUAGCUUCAUUCUCAUUUUAGAUUAGUGUUACCAAGAUGGCAGAAUUUUUGGCAUUUUAGAAAUUUUUAUCUCACAGGAAAAGAUGAUUUGAGUUGAUUUUCAUGAAAUAUCACUGUGAUUAAAAAGUCAUCUAGGCACCCAUUCUAAUUUUAGACAGAUGUAAGUUGCAUGAAAUAAACUUUUUUUGUAUUUGGCUUUAAAAGUGCAAUUUCCAUUAUAAUAGUAUUUUCAUCAUGCAAAUAAUGUUACCCUUUUUUUUUCUCCUUUUGAACUUCUGACUCUGAAUAAGCCUGUAUGGCACCUGUGGGGUUUGUGUGAGUAGCACAUGCCAGGCAUAUGUCAAGUUCUGCACUAUGUGAACAUGGCACAGUGUUGGAAGAUAUUAUCCUUAAUUCCCUACUGAGCACUGUCAGUGCUUUAUGGAAACAAACUACACAAAGCUUAAGACAAACUAGGAGGCAGCUCUGGGCACCUGUGAGCAGCUUGCAUCUGGGCCAUGUCCUCUGUUCUCCAUGGAGGAAAUGGGAUUUUCUCACCUCCCACCAGUGGAGCCCAGCACA